AUGAUCUUCCUUUCCUAUGAGGAACCUCUGGGGAUGGUUCUGGUGUCCUUAGCCCUCUGUUUCUCUCUCCUAACCGCUCUGGUUUUAGGGGUCUUUAUCCACCACCGGGAAACCUCCAUAGUGAAAGCUAACAAUCACAGUCUCAGUUACACACUCCUUACUGCCCUCCUGCUCCGCUUCCUGUCCUCCUUGACCUUUGUUGGCCAUCCCAGCCUGGCCACCUGCCUCCUGCAACAGAUGAACUUCAGAGUCAUCUUCUCAGUGGCCAUUUCUACCGUGUUGGCUAAGACAGUCACUGUGAUCCUGGCCUUCAAAGCUACCGGGCAGGGGAGCAGAAUGAGGACUUGGCUGGGGUCCAAGGCAUCUUCCUCCAUCAUCUGCAUCUGCUCUCUCAUUCAAGUGGCCAUCUGCACGGUCUGGCUGGGGAUCUCCCCCCGAUUCCCUGACGUGGACGUGACGUCUGAAGCUGGGGUUAUCAUCGUCCAGUGCAACGAGGGCUCCCCCACCGCCUUCUACUGCAUCCUGGGCUACAUGGGGCUCCUGGCCCUAGUAAGCCUCACUGUGGCCUUCCUGGCCAGGAAGCUGCCAGACAGCUUCAGUGAGGCCAAGUUCAUCACAUUCAGCAUGCUGGUGUACUGCAGGAUCUGGGUCUCCUUCCUGCCCAUAUACUUGAGCACCAAGGGCAAGGCCAUGGUGGCCGUGGAAGUCUUCUCCAUCCUGUCCUCCAGCACCGGGAUCCUCGGCUUUGGGCCCAAGGUCUAUGUGAUCCUGCUGAGGCCAGACAGGAACACCAGAGGGCAGCUUCUGGAGAGGCAGGGGAAUCCAUAA